CAGUGGCCCUUUCUUCUCCCUUCCCCGCUGCUUCUUCCUCCUGUCCACAUUCUUCUCUCCCCAGCAGAGAAAUUCUAGCUGGGGGGCCUCUCUGCAAUUCCCCCUCGCUCGCCAUUGUCCGUAACCUCGACCAAGACGCGAGCCGGGAAUGGAGUCCGGGAGCUCGGUGCGUUUCGGCCACCAGGACGUGACGGCUGCUGGCGGCGUGCACGCAGGUAACGCCGGCGCUGCUUCUUCUCAUCAGCAGGUGAUCCCGGGCACGGGCAUGACGAUGCCCGCCGGCAUGGCCUCCCUCCUGGUCGGCCGCCUCGGGAUGCAGGCGCCGCCUGGCAUGGUGCUGCCCGGAGGAGCCCUGGCGGCGGCGUCCGCCGGGUACGGCGGCAUCAUGUCCAGCGCCCUGCGCGCCGCCUGGAGCGGGGCUCAGCAGCAGCUGCCGCCCCACGCGGGCGGUGGCAUCGGCGGGCAUAGGGCGCAGCACCACAAGGGCCCCUGGACCGAGGCGGAGGACGUAGUCCUCAGGGAGAUGGUGAUGAAGCACGGCGACCGGAAGUGGGCGGUGAUAGCGCAGUCGCUCCCCGGCAGGGUGGGCAAGCAGUGCCGCGAGAGAUGGACCAACCACCUGCGCCCCGACCUCAAGAAGAGCGUGUGGACUGAAGAAGACGACAUGGCGCUGAUCAAGGCGCACAAGCGGUGCGGCAACCACUGGUCGACCAUCGCCACGUUCCUGCCCGGGCGUUCCGAGAACGCCGUGAAGAACCACUGGAACGCCACCAAGCGGAGCCUCAAGGCCAAGCGCCGGCUGAAGAAGAAGAGCAACGCGCAGCAGGUGCCGGCCGGGCAGUGGUCCGUCCUGGAGGAGUACAUCCGCAGCCUGUACCCUGACCUCGCCGACGGCGCCGGCGCCGACCAGACCCCGCCGGCGGCCGAGGACUCCCCCCCGUCGUCCUACAACCUCGGGUCGUACUCGUACGGCGAGGUGAUCAGCAGCCCAGCGUCCGCCGCCGCGCCGCCCGGCAGCUUUGACCAGAUGACCGCCAUGGGGCUGUACCUGGGCGCGUCGUCGUCGUCGCCCGCGCCGGCCGAGCUGCAGGGGGGCAUGAGCUCCGACAUCGUGGCGCCGUUCCUGCACCUGGACCUCAACGCCUACUACGGCGGCGCGCCGGCGGCGACGAUGCGGCUUAUGGCUCCGAUGGGGGGAAUGGCGGCGCCUGUGCCGCAGAUGAUGGAGCACGAUCACUACCAGCACCAGCAGGCUUCCUACGCCACCGCCAACCAGCUGCUCACGUACCCCUUCAUCGACAACAGCGUCAUGUGGCAGCAGGCGCCGUACGCCGCCCAUGGCAGCGCCGCCUACGGCGGUGGCGCCGACGCGGCAGGUGCCGGCCCGAGCAACGUCGUCGCCGUUCCGGCGGACGACGUCGACGUCGUCCAGAUGGCCUCCAGGGAGUUCCUGACGCCGUCGGAGGACGAGGUCACCCUGGACCUGGCCAGGUUCCGUUGACACAGCAGCUAGCAGGCUCGUCGAUCGUCGUCAAAAAACGCAGAAGGGGCGUUCGUCCAGCAGUUUGUUUACUGCCGUGUUCGUUCCUUAUUAUUGCGUUGUUGUAUCUUUUUACAUGUUUGUUGUACUGGCAUUUCAAUUCCCCGGCGGAGAAACCGUCCGUGUAGUUCCCGUUUCAAUAACCUGGACCGUAUGUUGUAAUGUUUGGAUUACCCCUAAUGACAAUUUCAUUUGCUUGU